AUUCAACGACACAGCAGGGAAGGACGCAAACAACGCCAGGGCGCAAUUAUAGGUCUGGAUCUCAUCGUGUUAGGGCUCUCCGGGGAAGAUUGAGCUCAUCGCCGUCGUGAUCGCGAGGGGAAAAGGAAGGGGCAAGCUCAAUCGGUGGUUGCAGAUCAAUCUGCGGAGGAGAACAAGGCAAUUGACCUGCAAUUGGCAUGCUCGCACGGGAGGGAGGAGAUCCACUUAUGUAAGUUGAUGGCACACAGGAUGUAAAUUGUUGGGAAAUCAGAUAGCGAGAGUCAUGGAGGAGCAAUUCAUACUUAGAGUUCCACCAGCUGUUGCUGAGCGUAUAGAGCGUCUUCUCAAUGAAAAUGCUUCUUCAUCUGAAGACAAGUCAUUAGAUUUGUCAUUUCCUGAGGAUGGGAGGAGUGGUACAUUUGCCAUUGGGGAUGAUCAUUUCCCAGCAUCUCUCUUGGACCUUCCUUGUGUGGUGGAAUCCUACAAAACAUAUGAUGAUAGUUGCUUGAUUAAGACCGCUGAUAUUGGUCAGAUGAUUAUGGUUAGAGAACCUGGUGAUGCUGCUCCAGAUGUGAUCGAGUACAGACAUGGUCUCACCCCACCCAUGAGAGAUGCCCGCAAGCGUAGAUUUCGAAGAGAACCAGAUCUAAAUCCUGAGUUUGUAUCACGGGUUGAGAAAGACCUUCUGAAUAUCAUGGCUGGAGGAACAGCGGGCAAUGUUGAUAUCCUUGUUGCUGAGCAAGAGGAAGAAGGGGAAGAGAAUGGUCGAGGCACUAAUAAGAAGGCGGCGGCGGCAGCACCUGUUGCAAAAGAUGAUGCUCCCCAGACUGUUACAAAUGCUGGGGAGCCUGACAGGAGUGACUCUGAUGAAUCUGAUGACUCUGUUUGAUUGUUAUAAUCAGCUGCCCGUCUCAAAGGAAGCUUGUGUUGUGCUGCAGCAAUGAUGAAAGCUCGCAUUCUGUGGCUUUUUCUAUCAAAUUGGAUGGUGUAAAUAAAAAGAUCCACUUUACUUUUGCCAACUAGGUGGAUUUGCCAUUCUGCAUCAUGUGUUGUAACUGCUAAUUUGCUGGUUACAUUUAGACCAUUUAUAACUAGUUCAGUUUUCUUGCAUGCUGUUAAAAAAACUGACCUAGAUGAUGAUGAUCAAUAUAUAAAUAUGUAACAGUAAAAUUACAGUGGUUUUA